UUUAUGCCGGUGGACAUGCUGUCAGGAAUAAUUUCUCUACGCAAAGUUGAGACAAAAGUAAUCUAAAUGAAAAAUUAGGCGCGGAGACGGAUGGCGACUACCUAGAAUUUUCAUAUUUCCAGCGAAUGAGCGAAAUAAAGAGACUCUUUUGAGGGGCAAAAGAAAAACAAAAAAAAAAAGACUUGAAAGGUGCGCUAAUGCGUCUACAUGAAGGAGGGGGGAGACGGAGUGACUGAGUAACGGACGGAGGAGCGGAAGAGAGCAGACGAGUGAGAGAAGCGGAGGAUGCGCGCAGUCGCUCCGUCGUUGCUGGUGGUCUAUCGAGAAAGUCCAACGUUGACUUCGCAGAGCCAGAAUGUGAGACCAGCUGGUGACUGGAUCCUUCACAGCUGUCACUAGGAAACACUAGGAAAACUAGGAAACCUUCCAAAAGCGUAUUUUUUAUCUUCCAUUCAUACCUUCAACAACAGACAAAACGUAAAACAGACAGUGGGGGAAAAAAACUGUUACAUGGUGACAAUCAAAAAAAAGCUAAAUAAAUCUAUGUUGUGAACAUGGAUCCUCAGAGGGCUUAUUUGCAGUCAACAUACACUUUUUUUGCCAUCCCCUAAAUAAAACGUUGACAGCCCUUUGAAGCAUUUCUCCACUUCAAUGCCAUGCAAUGCCAAGCUCCAGUUAUGAAUUAAACAUCCAGGAACACUGAGGAGAUACCAAAUCCCUGCCUCCCAGAAACAAUCCUCCUUCCCAACGACGCCCCUCCACACACACACACACACUUGUUUCUUGCUAUUGCUUUUUGCAAUAAAUUUGGUGGAAACACUGAGCAACUGUGCCCAAUGAAAUGAAGCCCAGCGGCAUGGCCCUCCUGUUGCGACUGCCCCUUCUCCUGGGCGUGGCCAGUGCCCUGGUGAUCCACUCAGUCCCUUGGCGGGUGCCCUGCCCCGCCCAGUGUGUGUGUCAGAUAAGGCCAUGGUACUCCCCGCAGUCGGUAUACCGGGAGGCCCCCACUGUGGACUGCAGUGACCUCCUCCUCUCCCAGCUACCUCCCCUGAUCCCCCGGGAGACACACACCUUACGGCUGCAGAGUAACCUGCUGAGCAGCCUGGACCAGAGCGAGCUCCAGGACCUGGGGAACCUCACUGAGCUGGACCUGUCCCAGAACAGCUUCAGCAGCACCCGCCAUCUGCGGGUCGACGCCAUACCCUCCCUCCUCAGCCUCCACCUGGAGGAGAACCAGCUGCGCCAACUCCCCGAUUCGGCCUUUUCCGGCAUGCCCGGCCUCCAGGAGCUCUACCUCAACCACAACCGGCUGCGUGACAUCUCCCCCGGGGCCUUCAAGGGCCUGGGCAGCCUCCUCCGGCUCCACCUGAACUCCAACCGCUUGGCCGCUAUCGACCGCCGCUGGUUCCGGGACGUUCCGCGGCUGGAGGUCCUGAUGAUUGGUGGGAACCCAGUGGACGUUAUUCAGGACCUGAACUUCGAGCCGCUGGGUGCCCUACGGAGCCUGGUCCUGGCCGGGAUGGGUCUGAGGCGGCUUUCGGAGCGGGCCCUGGAGGGCUUGUCCAGCCUGGAGAGCGUGUCCUUCUACAGCAACCGCCUGACCAAGGUGCCCAAGGAGGCCCUGCGGAAGGUUCCGGGACUGAAGUUCCUGGACCUGAACAAGAACCCCAUCCAGCUGGUGCAGCGGGGGGACUUCAGGGACAUGCUGCACCUGAAGGAGCUGGGCCUCAACAACAUGGAGGAGCUGGUCUCCAUCGAGCACUCGGCCGUGGAGAACCUGCCGGAACUCACCAAGCUGGAGAUCACCAACAACCCCCGGCUGUCCUACAUCCACCCACGGGCCUUCCUGCGCCUCCCCAGCAUGGAGAGCCUGAUGCUGAACAGCAACGCCCUGAGCGCCCUCCACCGGGAGACGGUGAGCUCCCUCCCCAGCCUGCAGGAGGUCAGCCUGCACACCAACCCCAUCCGCUGCGACUGCUUGGCCCGCUGGGUGGGCGCGGAGGCCCACAGGCCUGUCCGAUUCAUCGAACCCCAGUCCACCUUCUGCUCCGACCCGCCCGAGCUCAAGUCCCGAAGGGUAGGGGAAGUGUCGUUUCGAGAGAUGGCCGAGAGCUGCCUGCCCCUGAUCGCCCCCGGGACGUUCCCCUCUCGUGUGCGGGUGAGACGUGGGGGGGGCGUGGCGCUGCACUGCCGGGCCCUGGCCGAACCUGAGCCCAUUGUGUUCUGGGUGACCCCGGGCGGGCAGAGGCUGUCCCCCGCCGCAGCGUAUGAGAAGUACCGGGUCCUGGCCGAGGGCACGCUGGAGAUCGGCGAGAUUAGCGCUGAGGAGGCGGGAAUCUACACCUGCGUGGCACAGAACCUGGUGGGCGCCGACACCCGGAGCGUGAUGGUGAGGGUGGAGGGGCGGCAGGCGACCCCCGUCAGGGGAGCCAAGAGGGGCAACAAGGGUGACCUGGAGGUUAAGGAGGUCAAGGAGCGGCACGCCCUGCUGGUCUGGCCAACCGGUCGCAACACCCCCUCGGCCCGACUCUCCUGGUUGGUCAACGGCAGCCGAGAGGACCGGCGCCGCAGUGUGCGGAUCCUGGCCGGGACCCGCGCCUUCAACCUGACCCGCCUCCGCCCGGCCAUGCUCUACCGCGUCUGCCUGCACCUGGGGCCCAACGAGACCUCCUGCAUCCACCUCAGGACUACAGACACCCGGGCCCCGGAGUCACCCGGAAACAUCGCCCCGGCAACGCUCCUGGCUGCGGCGGCCCUGCUGCUCCUCGUGGCUGCUAAGGCCUUCCAGGGGGCGGGCCUGGUCGUCUGGCAGGAGAGGGACCAGGGGCAUGAUGGGAAACCCCCGGUGCCCCCCUUCACCACACCCCCAGAUGCGAUGUAUGAUUCCACCCCUCAGCAAAAGCAGCAACAGCAGCAGCAAAGUCUGGGAUCUCAAGAGGCCUCCGCUGACAGCUGCAGCAAAGAGAAGAGCAGCCCUCCCCAUCUGCAGAGUGUUUAAGAGCACUUAGGCAGAGUGUGUGUGUGUGUGUGUGUGUGUGUGUUCACAAGUGUGCUUCUGGUUGCAGCAAGAGGAAGAAAUCAAUACAUACACAUGUACCUAGAUACACAUACACACUCACACAUACAAGCAUAUGAUUGUCAGCUGAAGAACUGGAUCACCCAGGCUUUUUGUCAAAGGCUUAAUCAGGAGGACAUGACAGGGACUGGUGAAGGAGAAAGCCCUGUUUUGAUUGGCUGAUACUCUUCUCAUCCAGUUAUGAGAGCUUGUUCCCCUCCCACAAACUAUACUGACAAGCCCAGUCUGUAUUUAUUUAACACGUUACUUGUGCGGUGGUUGCAUAUUGAAAUUAAAACACAUAGUUAUCUCAAUUCCAGUCAAGUAUAGUAACGAUAGCUGCAUGCCCUUAUUGUAUAAAUGCAGCUCUCGUCAGAAAGCCAUGUUACAUCACACAUUGAUGUCUUAGACUUAACAGUAGAGCCUUAUGUUAAGACAUUAAAAAAGUCCCAUCAACCAAAACAGUUGUCAGAUCAAAUAGUAAUUUGGUCAGUGCAGACGAAGAAAAACUGUCAAAUAACACUGCUAAUACUAAAAUGUGCCCUUUUUAAUGCAGAGAUGUAAGAACAGUUUUAUGCUAAGUGGGGAAAGAAAUGAUUGUUUCUUGAGCGUUCUUUGUAUUGGUUUCACUGUUCCAGUGUGGUCACUCAAACAAUAUAACCACUCGAUUGGCUUCACCCCGAGCCAGCGAGAUGCAUCGAAUAGAGUCGUGAACUCUGACCUCUAAAGACGUUUAAUUAUCCUGUUGAACUCACAGGACAUUCGCUCCAGGGGAAGCACCAUUGACACUGAUCCCCAAAAGGAGGAGCCAGGCUUUCUGUCCUCACAAUCCCCAAGACUUUUUACAUUUUUCAAUUUUUUAUUUAUUUAUACGGUGUUCAAAGGACAAAAACACAACACAGACAAUCUGAUUUUCAGCUGGAGGAAGAGUGGAGUCCAGGAGAGUGGAGGAAAAGGAAGGAAAUGAUCAAAAAGAGAUUGCUUUGAAUUCAGAAUAUGGUUAGUGAGGUGCAAUAAUUUUCAGUUAAGUGCAGUGCUGUGCAAUGAUUUGUCUAGGAGACAGAGAAGAUGGAGGCGUCUUUACUGCAGCCAGUGCAUCAAGAUUCAAUGUGCAGGAUUAGGGCACCUCUGCUGGCGACUUGUUUACUUGUAUCUAUGUUUAUUUAGCGCAGAGACGUGCUCUCCAUCAAUCAGAGCGUGUUGGUAACAACAAAUGCAAAACUGUCAAUGGUAUACUUUCUAGCUAUAGGCCCAUCAGUGACAAAGAAAUCCAGAAGGUAUAGCUAGUAUCCACCAAUUACCAUCCGGGUUGUUCCAAUUGCUGUUACCAACAUACAUCAGGAUUGGUGGUUCCUCUCUGGAUUCUAAGCUAAAACGUGAUGACAUGUAAUUCCUAUACCUAUUUUAUUAUCCCAGGUGAAGAACAGGAAGUUAACGACUGUGGAAUUUAUGAAAUUCCUUGGAAUGCCGACAUCAGAUCGUUGUGAUCCUGGUGGUGAUGUGCUUUUCAUCUUCCUCAGCCUAAAGUGUUGUUUAAACUUUAUUUUAAACAUUAUGUAACUGUUAUUUAAUUUUAUGGCCGCAGUCAGUGUGAGCAGCUCUGGUUUCCAUGGAAAUAAAAUGAGACAUCAAUCACAGGAGAACGGUGUCAGCAGGAAGCAGCUCAUGCUCCUCACACCAUUUGCUUGCUGUUACCCGGGAGACGGAAAUCACCAUAACUACGACAUUCUCUGAUUCAUCGGCUCACGGACCGUGCACCCCUGUUCUUGUGAAAGCAACAGAUUUUACAUUAUUCCGUUUCCACAUUGCUUGUUUUUUUAACUGACUGCAAGUUUAUUUCAUUGACGAAACAGAAUGACAUUUGAAGUUGAUCUGUGGCUUAAUGAAAAAAUAAAAACAAGCAAGCAAACAAAAAAACCACACACAAACCUGAAACUGGAUUUGACAACAAUGUUCAGGCCAGAGCUCUCAGCCAAUGGGAGUCCAGGAUGCCAGUGCCCAGAUUCACCUCUCCGAUUUAAUUUAAGUUAUUAUUAUUUUUUGCAGCAUAUACCUAUUUUACAAGGUGUGUCUUCUCGCUGUGUCUGUUUCUGUCUGUAAAUUAAAGUGGUCGGUGUGUCUUCUCUCUUCUCUCUCCUUCUUUUAAGUGCCCUCCCCUUUCCCUCCACCAAUUACCUCCUCCCUCUCUCCAUUAUUCUGCCCUUCUCUUUUUCUUUAGCCGCAGCUGUACACCAACCUCUUUCCUAACAAGUGUACUGCUCCUCUUUACAGACCAAUGUCGAUGACUGUGUGUUAAAUUCUAUUUUGAGCAAAUAUUAAAAGAUUUUGGACUGAAA